CACAUACACACUCACACAGAGUACACACCCUUCUCUGGAGAUCACUUUUUGAACAGCAACUUUUUGAGAGCAUUUAAAACUCGAGGAGAAAACAUUCAGAUGGUUUUUUAUGAUUCAGAAGUCAGUAGAGUGAGCCAGACGGACAGAGAGUGAGCCAGACGGACAGAGAGUGAGCCAGACGGACAGAGAGUGAGCCAGACGGACAGAGAGUGAGCCAGACGGACAGAGAGUGAGCCAGACGGACAGAGAGUGAGCCAGACGGACAGAGAGUGAGCCAGACGGACAGAGAGUGAGCCAGACAGACAGAGAGUGAGACAAACAGACUGAGAGAGAGAUUAAAUCCUGGUCAUGAGAUACCAUUUGCAGGAGUAAUUCUUCAGAAGAGAAGGAUCCUCAGAGUAGUAAAGAUAAGCAAGAAGAGUUUUUCUGAAGAAACAAAGGCGUGGUCAUGUCCAGCUCCACAGCGCUGCUCUUCCUCAUCCUGCUGAGUCUUCUAGCUUCCACAGCGGUCUGUCUCACCUGCUACACCUGUGUGUUUUCAAGCAUCUCUCCACUUGAAUGCCAGAUGCAGUCUAAUAAAUGUGCUGCAGGUGAACGCUGCCUGUAUGCCACCGCCACAGCUGAGAAGGACUCCAGACGUUUUGUGCUUAACGACAAGAGCUGUGCCACACCGUCUAAGUGUGGUGUUACUGGAGAGAAACGUGUUGCAGGACUUGUCUUCACCUUCACCACACGCUGCUGCGACACUGACCUGUGUAACGCUGCGGCCAUGACAAUGCCUGCUGCCCCCUGCUGGAGCCAAAUGGCACUGAGCCUCGUCUGCAUGGCACUCACUAGCUUGCUGGCCUCAGCGUGAAUCCACACACACUCACACUGAGCUAAGCUAUUUGCACACCAAUUACUAGACAGAUUACUAAUAAAAUACACAUUUAUGGCAACCACAAUGACACACACACAUACAUAAUGAGUGUAUUUAUGAGUGGUUGCAAUGAGUCAUAUUCUAGAUCUCACACACACACAAUACAUAUAUAUAAACCUGAGAGAACAGCUACAUUUCUCACUCUCACUGCUUUAACAGCACAAAGCCUCUGUAACUGACAGGACCGUUCUAGAACAGUGAAUGUUGAUGUAUUACUCAGAGCAGGUUCUAUACAUUAUACAUAUAAUAAAAUAUAACGUUAGUAGCAGCUGACCUUAAAACUAAUGUCGCCUGAGGGAACCAGUGAUGUUCUGGAUGGUUCUAUCUCAUUUCCAUAGCCACUGUAUUUUUACAAUGUUUUCUAUAUAAAGACUCAGUAGCUACAAGCUAGCUAAAUAAUUAGCUUUUGUACUAGCUGUAUAGAAACACUGACUCUUACGUCACUUAAGUCACGUGUUUCUAGAGAAGUCUCUCUGCAUCAGUCCACUGCCUCGAGUCAGUUUAUUUGUUAAUAAAUAAAUCCAUCACAUUUUUAAAGGUUCUUUAUUAAGGCACAUGGAUUUGUGUACUUAUAAAAAAAAAGAAUACAAAAGACAACACACAUCUCCAUCUGAUUAUCUGGAUCUGAUCGAAGCGGGUCCUGCAUGGUGGCUGUAGACGAGCGCUGAUAUCGGCUCGUACACGCCCGGGCUUCCACAGAAAGAGGAAGGAUGUAAGAGUGCAGAGGAAGAGAGAGGAGGAGGAGGAGGAGGAGGGAGAAGAAACGGACGGUGAGGUUACAGGCUGAGGGGCAGGAGGAGGGGGCUUUGCUCUGUGGUUUUCCUCUCACUGGUGUGGACACUCGAACUUCCUGGUUUUACAGGAAACCUGCAUCUGCUCUUAUUUCUCUAAGCUCAACAUUCAAACCAGUAAAAUCCCAAUCAUCAGUCUGGCACUUUACAAGUAAUGUUUCUAAUAAAAGUAUACAAAUAGAUCAUGCACAUUACUCUUGAAUCGUUCUGCAAUCGUCCAAUCAAAAAUAAGCAAAGUGGGCGGGGCAAAUCUCUCUCUCUCUCUCUCUUUUGAGUUAGCGUCAAUCCUGCAGAUUCCUUUGUUAUUCUCCUUCCAAAUGAUCCAUUGUGUUGAAACGAUGGCAGGAAUGUGUGUGUAUACGAAUCAGUGUGGUUCACCAGAUCAACACCCACAACCUCACCGAGUAACUCAAAGCACACACACCUCCGUCUCAGCAGAGAAAUGUGACACCUUCACACUAUUGUGUCUCUAGAACACAGUGUGUGUGUGUGUAUGAAAAAAACCUGAAAUCACAGUGCUACCACAUAGCCCCGCCCCCUUUCACUAAGAGAAAACUGUUUGACCCUUCGUUCCUUCUCGCACUACCGCAGUAAGGCACAUCAGAUAAGGAGCGGCUGCUGUGAGAGUGAGUGCAUGGUGUAAGAGUGCGUUAUUAGGCAAGCUAGCUGCACAGUUGCUUCAUCACCACCACGCGCUGAGCAAACGGCUGCAUGGGGUUUCGUUUCCGAAACAGGAACAGAGAACGUGUGCGAGCCAACGACAUCCUGCUCACAGACGCUCUGCAGUCCAAUCAGCUAGCUGGAUUUCAUUUAUCUAGCUAAGGACAGGCGGUUAGCAUUAACGCUCCAGAACCGUCUGAUGUUUAGCUAGCUAACAAUUAUGUAAUCUGUAACGUGAUGAUGUCAUAUGACUGAGUUUGAGAUCGGCUGGCUACUUUUGACUUAAACUCCGCCCCCUUUUUGGACUGUCGUUUGGAAAAUGUUUGUGUAUGCAUGAGUUCAGCUAAGCGUAGGAACGUAAGACAUCUCUAGAGCGCAUAUGAAGCAAAAAAAAAAAAAAGAGUUGAUGAACUGAACUGAGACACUGAAAGCACAAGCAGAAAAAAACA